AUGGCAUCGGAUAAUCUCGAGAACCCGAACACUCAGGACGUUCCUGAGUUUCCACAGGUUAUGAUACGCCCAAACCCCGCCGCUCCGCAAGGCGGUGAUCAGAGGCAGAGGCCUUUGAUCAUGAACGGCGUGACUGCACCGAUGAGGGGCAGCCAUGAUAUGGAUGGGGAAGUUGUUGCAGAGAGACCGCAAGGCCUUCCUGCCCCAGCUUCGUCGAAUGACUUUGCCGACGCUACCGGAGGACAGCCCGCACUGGCUCAAGGCUCUGACGCGAGACCGGAACAGAUCCAGGCCCCGCUUGAUUCGCCACUUCCUAUGGGACGAGUGCCUGGAAGUGGAGAGACUGGGAUCCGUCGUGGUGCCGCAGCACCGGCUUUAGGAAUCCCGGGGCCCUCAUUAUCUGGAGUGCUUACGGGUGUGUUGAGGGCGGUUCAGACUUUGCCAGCUACGGUUGAGAAUCUGAUGGUCAGGACGGCGACGGUGAGACAAGUUCCCGGGACCCCGGGGCAACAUGACAGUGUGGAAUAUGCGUCAGUGGCUGGGUCGGCGCACUCGUCGGUGGAAAGGACACCACCGGCACCUCCGCCACGCGCUCCGGAGCCCCUACUGUUCGAUGUGCCGACUUUGGUCCGCAUGCAGCAGAUGCAAGAGAGUGCGCCCCUGCUGUAUCAGGAUACUUCGUUGGGCCCUACUGGCUCUCAUCUGCCUUUGGAACCUGGAGUGGGUGGGAACUCUGCUGGCUUGGAAGCCCCGCGGCCACCAUCUACUUCGUCUUCUGAGCUUCAAGCGGAAGUCCGGAGACAGUUGAGUGAACUUAUGGCAACUAGGGAUGAAGAAAGUAGGCGCUUGCGUGCCCAAGUAGAGGCACUGUCUAUGGAAAUUCAUCAUUUAAGGAUGAGGGCGGAGCUUGAAGCUCAUCCAGGGAUGCAGACUUCAAGGCCUCAAGCGGGUUUUCCUGGAUUUGGUUGGUUGGGAAGAGGUUUGGGAUCCUUGAUAGGCCAAUCCCGGUCGGAUCGCACCCUGGACUUGGGAACUGCUCCUGGGUUUCCUACUGCACCAAUCCGUCCUGCUACCUCAACUCCACGACCGCCUCCUCAGCCUUCUCCUAGGGCCAUUUUGAAUCAGGAGAUGAUGAUGACAGCAGCACAAGGUCAAGGGCAGCCCCAACCUACCCUAGGGUUUCCUACCUUUGGUUUAGGCCAGAUAGACCCCACCUUGCAACUGCCCCAGGAGCUUCCUGUGCCAGUGAGUAGACCAACUGUCCUUGAACCCCCGCCGCCUAGCCUCGGAACCCCUAAUGUAGGAGUAGGACCCGACGUAAUCCCAGUGCCAGGACCGAGUGCCCAUUCUGAGCCAGCCGUAACGCAAGGGUACCCAGGCGUGCCCACCGCAGGCGUAGCACCACCGCCUCAGGCAUCCGCUGCGGGCUCUCAGCCACCUGGGACCAGUUCGGGAACUUCGGGUUUAGAUCCUAUGACCGUCGUGCUUAGUGGAAUGGCGCAGCUUCAGAGUGUAGUUAAGGAGAUGGCCAGCCCUAAGGGUGACUCUAAACCUGAGGUUAUAAAACCUGGGGUGGUUAGCCUCCCUGAGCUCCCACCACAUGGGCCUGAGUCUUGCUUGAGCUUUGCAGAUUGGUUGCAUGCAUCCAAACCAGCGCUAGCGGAUAUUUCGGACUCAUCAGAGGUUCUAUGGGCAAAGACGGUAGAGGAAGCACAGGCUUGGUAUGGAAGGUAUCUCAAGAUGGACCCCUUGACCCGAUUGACAGCGAAACCCAGCCCCUCUGAGGAGCUUGCGCAGCCUAAGUGGUCGCGCGUCGCGCGCCGCAUUGAGACCAUGAUCAUCGCGGCUUCUCCGCAAGCAAUCAAGGACGAGCUGAGUGCGUCGCGAACUUCGGGGCUACUGCCACUUGUAUGCCGACUUUUCAUAAUCUACGGGCCCGGUAGCUUAACAGAGCGAGAAAUAGGCCUGAAGCAUAUCACUGAACCACCCGCCGGGACCUCUAUCCAAGACACAAUCGACAUUCUGCGCCGAUGGCAAAGGUGGGGUUGUCGUAUGUCUGAGCUCGGGGGCGUUUUGCCCGACAGUUCGCUGCAAGUCAGAGCUUUGACUAAGAUAACCCGUAGUGUUCUUCAACAGAACCCUGAGGUGGCCUUUCGAGUGAACUUAGCGCGGGCUUCCUUACAAAUAGACCUCACUCCUGAUCCUGAGAAAGUACAGAAGUUGCAUGCACAACUGUUAGGAGAACUUGAGGCGAUUGCGCAUAGGGGGGAUAAAGAUAAGGGUGCUAAGGACCAGGUCCCAACACCUGCCAAGGUUAAGGGCGUCGAAGCAACGCCAGCCACCGUUCCACCGCCCCCUAAGAAGCCGCCUCAGAGCCCUCCUAAAGGACCUCCGACAGCCAAGACCCCAGGCCACCAGGAUUCCAGCUCGGGGAAACCCGUGUGCUCCUUUUACUCUGGGCAUAACGGUUGUGAGAAGGGUGCUGAUUGUACGUAUGAACAUGAUUGGAAUAGUUUCUCGGCUUCGGAAAAGGCUGCAAGGUGCAAGGUGUGCGGAGGGAAAACGCAUAAGUCAGCGGACUGCAGGGCGGGACCGAGGUCUGAAGAUGCUAAGGCCAAGAGCAAGGCUAAGGGCCCACCGCAGAGACCUGGGUCCACUGCGACUCCCAUUCCGCCUCCACCACCAGCUGCUACCGAGGCUAAUCAACAAAUCAAGAGUAUGUUAGCUGAUGCUGCCCGUAUGUUGCAAGAGGCCAUGCCCCCGGCAGCCGCAAUCCCGGUAGAGACUCUGUCGAGUGGGAAUCAGGCGAAUCCGGUCCAGGCCCACGUUGCAAGUCCGCCUCCUAAGGCACACCCCUCGGCUACGGUCCAGGGGACCCCAGUGACCUUAGCCUCCCUAAGUGCUCAACUUGAUAUCCUCCGUGCGAUGACUCGGGACCCAGAGGUCAAGACCUGUAGUGUCCCGCUUCAUGAUGAUCAAAGUGCUAAUCAGGUUAAAAGUGACUUAGGCCAGGCACCGGUUGCAGGCGUGUCUUUGGAAGCCUUGGGAAGGGAAAUUAGGUCCCUUGCUCAGCGGGUGAAGGGUUUUGAAGUCCGAGCCUUAGGCGAGGGUAAGGAGUCAGAUAGUGGGGUUGCACUCUUGGAUAGUGGCGCGACUCACGCUGUAAUCCCUUUCCAUGAGCGUCUUCGGAAUCUGGAAAAGGUACCUGUCACGUUGGCAGGAGAUGAGAAACAAGAAUGGCUGAGAACCCAGGGAGGGACUCUUGUUGUGCCCCCCGAUCCACUGGCCCCCGCAGGCAGACCUGUCCAGACAAUCCUUCCAUUGGGAGCCCUAGUGGAGUCGUUGAACUGCCAAGUUCAUUGGUCAAAGCGGAAGGGUCUCCGUGUGGUCCAUCCGACCCUUGGUGUUCUCACCACCCGCAUCUCGGAUAACACGUGUCCGUAUGUUGCCGAAGACCAGGCGCUUCGCUUGAUUUCGGAACUUGAGGAUCAGAGGUUGGAAGGCUUUAAGCAGAGGGUUCAGAACCUUGAGUGUCAUCUGGAAGCCUACGACAAGCCGAUCGAGCCGACUGAGUCCAUGCUCCGAUUUGCAAGGACUGGAGAUCGACUAGACGCCUUGAGGGCCUUUCUUGUCCAACCCCACCUCGGAUUUCCUGAGGAUCUAAAGGUGAGCCUUGCCGAGCAGGUCCCAAUUGAUACACCAGGUUCAGAUAAGGCCCUCCUGAAGCUCCUCCCCUUGAAGCGAUCUGCCCGCCGAUCCUUGUUGGAUUCCUCCCAGUGGGUAGUUCAUCUUUGCAGUGGGAAGGACCGUGCACUUGAUCCUUUGCCUGUCUGGGCAAGGGAAAGGGGGAUGCCAUUUCUGCGAGUAGAUCCUCAGCAAGUAGGAGGUAAGGGUUGGGAUCUAGCGAAAAGGGAUGGCGUUUGGAAGGUCCUGAUGUGGGCAGCCGCCCAAGGUAGGAUUGCCACCGUGUUGGUUUCCCCGCCUGCCGCUGACACUGAUAAUGUUCGACGAAUUGUGGCCCAGGGGAUGAUACUUUGGUCCUUGGCUUCAGUUGUGAGAGGUUGUGGGAUUCCGUACGUGGCAGAGCACCAUGGUCUCCUUCAGAGUAAUCGCCAAGGUUUCAAUGCUUGGUCGAAAAUGCAUACGGUUUGCUUGAAUCAGGGUUCCUUGGGGGAUAAGUAUCUUCGUCCAACGGACCUUGUGACCAACCUGGACUUGCAUUACUUGAGCACCCUCAGUCCGAAGGGAAUUCAUGCGACUCCGCCCCAGGGGCGGGCCGCACGGGGCUCAACUCGUGAGUUGCUAUCCGCGACCCAAUCAGCUGGUCUCGAUAAUCCCACGGCCUAUGAGCUAGAAACGGAAGCUCUUUUGAGGGCCUUUGAGGCUGAGAGUAUCGUUGAUUCAGACUCCGAGGGGGAACCUGAUGAAGUGGUGGCACCGGAUACGUUAAGAAAUGACACUUCCGGUGAAGGUAUGGAGCCUGAGUGUGUAAGGGGAGAUGCGUCUCUGCAAGCAUCUCUGAGGCCGAAGCCGAAAGGUGGCGCCAACAUCUGCUCAACGGCCACCUCCCUUAUAGAAGAGAUUGCAGGAAGGGAUGAAGGUUGCAUCACAGGGAAAACACUUCUGCGCUACGGACUUGUCGGUGCCUUUAGAGUACCCCGGUCCUUAAUUCAGGACCCAGAUAAGCCUCAUAAGCCGGAUGGGGUGAAGGACUUGUUCAGUGGAGGUAGUUCUGAAUUGCCCGAUGGCGAAAAUGAGCUGGCGGAGUAUGAACCUUCAGAUCCGGGUGGGGAGCUGUUCCCAGAACUGUUUGGUCCAGUCAUGGAGGCGAGUCAACAGUCGCAGGAGGAGUCAAAUCCAUUGCCCAAGGUGAGUGCAGCUUCGGCAGAGGACGCUAAGGCCUCUGUUUGGGAUCCCGUAGAUCUUCCUAAGGAUAAGGAGGGAAUGGAACGCUUGAUCGAAGAAUUGAGUGAGCCGGUUGACCAGGUGGUUUUACGGUAUUUCAUCCCACUGCGCACUAAAUCAGGUGUGGAAGUUGCGGAAGCCCUUCAGCAGAUGAUCUUGCAGAUAAACCAAAGGUUCCCAGUGCGUAGCAUCCAUCAUGAUCCUGGGACUGAAUUCGGGUCAACCGCCGCUGGUUGGCUAGCCACGGGGCAAGAUACGCAGCCCCGCAUCGAUCUAUCCCAGAGGGUAGCGCAUGAGUUCUUAGUUUCCCAAGAUCUCAGCAUGAGUGGGAUCCGUGAGGUGCUGAGGGCCAUUGCUCAGGAGGCUGAGGUCCACCGUGAUUGGAGAAAUGAGUGGGGAACGUUCAACUAUGCCAUGCACGUUCCAGGCGAAGUUCAGCUGUGGGUUGCAGCCCAGACUCAGGAGGCUCAGGUUAAAUCGCUGGGGGUAUCAAGCUCAGAGGACUCCUCAGAGUCUAGCAUUGACUCGGAUGAGCUCCGACGCCAGAUCGAAGCCGCAUCUAAUGAGGAGCCAACCAUGCAGGCCCAAUCUGCGCCCCUGUUGCAGCCAGUUCUGUUGUCGGAGGACUUGCAACCAGACAUGAGCACAGCUUUGAUCGGAUGGGAUUUUAGUGGUGGUAAUCCAGGCGAUGCACCGCAUGCAGCGUUGGAGGAUGUCGAGUUGACAGAUUAUUUACGUGCCCGUGAUGCAGGGGAUGCGUUUGCCCGGCUGAGAACCCUUGGGACCGAAGUGCCGAAUGAUCUGCAGUUUUUGUUCAUUGAGGACUUGGUUGAAUUUGGAUUUCCUGAGAAAGUCGAUGAAGGGGCGUUUACUCCAAAUAUCGAGGAUCUGCUGGCCAACCUGCAGGGUCCAUUGGAGGUGACACACAAUGUAUCGCCUACCGAAGUCCGUCAGAAUUUGGCAAAGUGGCGCCCAGCGGCGAAGGCCGAACUUGAUACCUUCGAGAGCAUGAGCGUUAUACGUAAGUUCUACGGUGGUGAGGCCCGUGCAAUUCUGAGAGAUCCGAAUUACGAGGUUAUUCCCGGAAAGCCUGUAUGUACGGUGAAACCUGGUGAGCCUUUUAAAAGAAAGUUCAGAAUUGUGUCAUGUGGAAAUUACGCGAAGACCACAGCUGAGUCCCCAUUUUACGCCGGCGGAGCCGGCGCAGAGUGCUUGAGGGCAUUAUUGGUGCACUCAGCCCGUCGUGGUCGUCGAGCUUAUGGACUUGAUGUGAAAUCUGCCUUUCUCCUAGCCUCGAUUCCAGAUGGUGUCACAAAACGCUAUGCGAUGCGCCCUCCCCGUAUUUUGAUUGACCUUCAGCUUGCACGGGAGGACGAGGUGUGGAUCAUAGACAGGGCUCUCUAUGGAUUUAGAGAAAGCCCACGUUGGUGGUCACUCUUCCGAGAUAGUUUUCUGGCGAAGGCAAGUUGGGACACGGAGCUGGGACGGAUCACCCUGGAGCAGCUGUCAUCUGAGAGCAUGAGUCAGGGCAGUGCAUUGGCUACGGCCACGGACCCGCUGCGUUUCCUGGGGGUAGACAUCUUUGCCGAGCUUGACGAAGAAAACCAAGUGAUUGGCUACAGCCUGGGCCAGGAGUCGUACAUCGCAGAGCUUCUGAGAAGCCACGAGGUGAAGGAGAACCCUCGAGCAACCGCUCCCAUUUCGAAGGAGUGGGUUCGCGAAGUCCCUCCUGAUGAGGACUUCACGGAAGCUGAGCUAAGGGGCUCCCAACGCAUUACGGGCGAACUGCUGUGGCUAGCAGAUGGGCUACGCAUCUACACUGAUGCCUCUUUUGCACCACAUGGAAGCCACUCGAUUAGUGCUAUCAUACUGCAGUACGAUAAGUAUUGCGUUGUGUGA